AUGGUUAUAAUUCAGCUCCUGUUGUUGCUGAGUUUCUUGGACCAAAGCAAGCAGGAUUAUCUGUCUCCGAGGCUUGCUAGGACUUCAGGGGCUCCUUGUGCCAGGGGCCAGGCGUGUGACCCAAGGCAGCGGAGAGAUGCUGGGGGACGCGGUGGAGUCUACGAGCACCUCGGAGGAGCACCAAGAUGCAGAAAACUUUACUGUGCAACUAAAUAUCAUUUGCAAAUACAUCCAAGCGGGAAAAUAGACGGUUCUCUUGAGGAAAACAACCAAUUUAGUAAGUAUAGGCUAUAAUUCAUGUUGUAUUUAUUUUCUAUGUGUAGCCUACACUUAGAAAAAAAGGUUCUGGGUAGAACCAAACAGGGUUCUAUGCUUGCUUCAUAUAUGGCACCCCUUAAGGUUCUAUCAAUAACCUAAAUUGGUUCCAUAUAGAACCCUAUGGAACCCAAGGGUUCUAUAUCGAACCGAUUUUGGUUGAGUGAAGAAGAACCCCCUACAAAAGGGUUCUAUAUAGGACCUUUAGGGGUGCCAAAAUAUAUGAAGCAAGCAAUAGAACCCUUUUUGGUUCUAUCCAGAACCUUUUUUUCUAAGUGUAUAUAUUUUGUUUUAUAUUGAAGAUCUCAUGUGGUUAAAGAACACUGUUUGUCUUUAUAAGCAUUUGAAUAACUAAAUUAUAAUGGAAAUAUCUGUUGAAUGUAAUAAUUUAUGUUUUAAUUGUGUGGCGCUGGAAUUACCAUUCCAUGCGAUUUGGACUAUAUUUUCAUUCAUAGCUGUAUUAAGGUGCUAGCCUAUAGCCUACAUUUGGCUCCCACUUUUUUCAUGAAAGAUGUAGAAAUGUGUGUGUAUCUUAAAGUGUAUAUUUGCCUCUGUGGGAAAACGUUGGUUUAAAAUAGGUCAGGCAUGCUCUCUAUAAAACAGAAUUACCCUAUGGGGUACAGUAGAUCAUAUAGACGACAACACCAGUAGGUAAACUGUCAUACUUGUGAAGCAAUCUUUCCAAAACGGAUCACUUCCCACUGUCCCCUACGUAAACUGCCCCCAGGCUACUUCAUCAGGGUCACAAUUACGGCGUUCACAGAUAAUUGGUAUGCUGAAUGGUUUUCUCUUGCACAUUUGACUUGGGCAGUGUAAUCAUGUUUGUAUAUCUUUGAAAACGUGACCAGAGGACACUUGUUAUCUGUUUUAUUAAACACUUAGGCCUAGCCACUUAUCAGGCAAUAGAGCGCCCAUUAGCCAAACCCAAACACGAAAAUGAGGCCUAUUUCCAUAUGAACAUCAGAAUUAACAGACUAUGAGAGACCCAAUAGCUGGGUCGUAGCGGAUGUAUUUAUCAAAUCAAUUACGAUUAUCCGAAACCACUGAAUAACCUACAUAGACUAAUCAAUGGAUGAUGAUAGAGCAAAUAAACCCAAAUGUAAUAUUGUUCAAGCUUACAUCUUCUAAACAUCCAAUUGGCUUUUAAUAAAUCCAAAUUAUUUGUGCGCAAAUUGACUUUUGUGAUGACAUUACAAGCAACAAUUAAAAAAUGUACACAGUACAAGCUAUGUUAUUAACAUUUCAUAGUCGUUGUGUUUCUACAUCUUUACCAAAACGCAUAACGUUUAUUAUCCAGAUAAGCCCAAUGUAGUUCUGUGCGUAAUGGAGCCCGAGAACUGGGAAGCCACUGCAUGUCAUCCAAAUGAUAGCGUCAUGAAGGAGAGUACUACUACUCCUACAGUCUACUAUAGCUGGAUGUAAAUGUUCUUCAGAAUGCAUCAAUGCAUAACAUUUGGUCUCAUCUUCUCAGGCAUCAUGGAGAUCACAGCAGUGGAUGUUGGAGUGGUAGCGAUAAAGGGGAUAUUUUCCGGGAGAUAUCUGGCUAUGAAUGAUAAAGGACGUCUAUACGCCUCGGUAAGUGUUAUGUCACAUUUGCCAAGAUAUCUAGAUAUGCAUUUAGAGGAUUCGGGUAAAAAGGAACGAUAUUUGAUUCCAUCUAGCCAUUGUGGUGUUUAUCUUGCAUAAAAUUGCACCAAAUUGUAGUGAUUUCCCUAUUCAACCUCUCUUAUACGAGGCUUGUGUGACUGCUCCAACUAAUUGGUCACUGCUAUAGUUCUCAAGAGUUUGAAGCAGCCUAUCAUCAUUGCAAGGCAAUAUGAUCAAUAAAAUGGAAUGCGUUUGUGUGGGUGUCUGUGUUUGGUUUUACUAUCUUUGUGGGGACCAGAAAGGAAAAAGGCUAUUUUAGGUUUAGGGGUUUGGAUUAGAAUUACGGUUAGGGUUAGAAUUAGGGUUAGGUUUAGGGUUAGGUUUAGGAUUUGGGGUUAAGGUUAGGGUUAGGUUUAGGGGUUAUGGAAAAUAGGUUUUUGAAUGGGAAUCAAUUGUUCGGUCCCCACAAGGAUGGCAAAACAAACGUGUGUGUGUGUGUAGAUGUCCGUGAAUCAAGGAGGCCUAAUUGAAUAGCUUUCGCAGUAAUCAUGUGAAAUUGUGAUUUCAUAGAUUCAUGUCUAUUUGAGUAUUGGUCCAAGGCCAUAAAUGAAAGGAUUAAUGAAAGGACUGAUUGACAAUGAUGAAAGGUUGACCAUGAUGAAAGGUUAAUUGACAUUGUGUUCUCUUUCAGGAUGUGUUCAACCAGGAGUGUGAGUUCCUGGAGCGGAUUCAUGAGCUGGGCUACAACACCUAUGCUUCACGACACCACUCCACCCUGCAGCCCCCUGCAGGGGGUGGCAGUGGCAAACGACGAGCCAGUGCCAAGAGGCAGUGGUAUGUGUCCAUCAAUGGGAAAGGCCGGCCAAGGAGGGGCUUUAAGACACGCAGCACUGACAAAGCCUCCCUUUUCCUGCCUCGAGUGCUAGGCAAUAAGGACCAUGAGAUGGUGCAAAAGCUCCGUGACAGCCAGAGGCACCCAGCUGGACAGCAGAGUCCCCCUAUGGACCGGGUUGAGCACCGGAGACGGAGACACCGGGCCCGGGGUAGAAAGGGCAGAACCAAGAGGCCUGGUGACAGACUGACACUAGCCACUGUCUGA